AUGUCAACUAAUAACAUGUCAAAAGAAACUGAGGUUCCAACCCUAACUUCAGGAAUGCUCAAUAUAGGACUCUCAAUCGUUGGCUCAUUAUCAGCUUUAAAUCCUAUUAUUAGUUCUAUUUAUGAAAUUUUAAGCGCAAUAAUCCAAAUUGAUGAUAAAGCUCAAUAUAAUAAAAAAAUAUCAAAAUCUAUUUUAGGUCGUGUAUUAACUGCCGAAGCAGCUAUAAAAUUUCUAUUAGUUCAAAAAGAUGAAUAUGAAGUUAAAUUUGCUGAUUUAAAAUUUCAAGAAUCAUUGGUCACUUUUAAAAAUAUUUUAGAUAAAAUAAAAGAUUUUGCUGAACAAGUGACUCAAUUAAGAGGAAUUGAAAGGUUGAUUAAUGCUCAAGCUAUAGAAAAGAAUUAUAAAGAUUUAAUGGAAGAGUAUGAAGCUUGUUUAAAUAAUUUACAGUUUACAAUGAUCGUUCUUACUGAUGAACAAAGAAGACUUGAUAGUGAAUGUUUAAAAAGUGAUAUUGCUGAUACAAAAAAGUUUAUGGAAGGUUUUGCUAAUUAUCAUAAAGAGCAAACGAAUAUUAUUUAUCAAGAAAUUAAGUGUAUCAAAAAUAAACUUCUUUAUUCUGAUGAUUCAUCAACAUCAAUUGAUGUACGAACAAUUGAAACAAAUUUAUUAAAAGAACCACCACAUGGUAGUCCUGAUGAUCGUCAAAGUUUUGAUAGUUUUGAUAAUUUCGAUGAUCUUGAUCCUAAUAACAUCAAUAAUAAACGUAUUAAGGAAGAAUUUAAACAAUUAAUUGAACGAGCAUGGAAACAAACUCCAGAAGAAAGGAUUGGUAUUACUGAAUUAUAUUUAAGACUUUCGGAAUUAUCUUCGAUUAUUAAAAAGUCACCGUCUCUGACUCAAAAAAUAAAAUCGGUCAAAAUAUUAUUUUAA